CGCGGUAUCCACCAUACUGUCGGGCUGGGACCACUGCUACGUGGAGAUGGCAGACGCACCGACGGACGCAAGCUCGUCCGCGUCGCGCUCCGUGGACGAGGUCGCGCGGGACCUCGACGUCGACCUUAGCGCCGGCCUCUCGGCGGCGCAGGUCCAUACGCGCCGCCUAGCGCACGGCAGGAACGCGCUCGAGACCGACGGCGAAGAGAGCUUGAUCAAGAAGUUCCUCGAGCAGUUCCAGAACCCGCUCAAUAUGCUGCUCAUGGCGUCCGGCGGCGUCUCUGUGCUCAUGGGCCAUCUCGACGACGCCAUCUCGAUCGUCGUUGCGCUUACGAUCGUCGUCACUGUUGCGUUCGUGCAAGAAUACCGCAGCGAGAAGACGCUCGACGCGCUCAAGGAGCUCGUGCCGCCGCGCUGCCGCGUCAUACGCGAUGGCUUCACCCAAGAGCUCGACGCCUCCGAACUCGUGCCGGGCGACAUCAUCCUCAUCGCCACGGGUGAUCGCGUGCCUGCCGACGGGCGCCUCGUCGAAGCCAUCAACUUGGACGUCGAUGAGUCGAGCUUGACCGGCGAGACGCAUCCCGUCUCCAAGCACACUGCGCCACUGCAGCAAGCGCUCUCGCACCCGAUUGCCGAGCGCAAGAACCUUGUGUACAUGGGCACGCUCGUGCGCACCGGGCAUGGCAAGGCGAUCGUGUACGGCACGGGCCGGUCGACCGAGUUUGGUGCUGUCUUUGAGGUUGUCGACUCGGUCGAGGAGCGCAAGACGCCACUGCAAGCCCGCAUGGACACGCUCGCGAACCAGCUCUCGAUGGCGUCGAUGGCCGUCAUUGGCGUCAUUGUCCUCGUCGGCGCGCUCCAGGGCCAGCCUGUCUUCAAAAUGCUCCAGAUCGGCGUCUCGCUCGCGGUCGCCGCCAUCCCGGAGGGCCUCCCCAUCUGCGUCACCGUCACAUUGGCGCUCGGCGUCAUGCGCAUGGCGUCCCGGCACGCCAUCCUCAAGAAAUUGCCGGCGGUCGAGGCGCUGGGGUGCACCAGUAUUCUCUGCGUCGACAAGACGGGGACACUGACGACCAACCAAAUGCAAGCGCUCGCUGUCUACGUCAUGAACGUGGCCGGCGCCGUGUGGCCGCUCGAUACAGCGCGCAGCGCGGCCGAGCUCGUGGCGACCACGAGCCUCUUUUUAACUGGUGUCCUCUGCAACAACGCCGACCUUGUCAACGGUGACGUGGUCGGCCAAGCCACCGAAGGCGCGCUCUUGUUGGCCGCGGCGUCGCCCGAGAUUGGCCUUCUGCCACUCGUUCGGCGCGAGUACCCGCGGCGCGAGGAGAUUCCGUUUAGCUCCGACACCAAGUUUAUGGCCGUCCGUGUCGCCGACCAGGGCGACAACACCUCUACGUGGCAUGCCAAGGGCAUGGUGGAGGCCAUCUUGUCGCGUUGCACGACCGUGCAGACCGACCGCCUCGAGACGCGGGUGCUCUCCGAGACGGACCGCCAGCACCUCUUGGCGAAGGCGCAUACGCUCGCCCACGAAGGGCUGCGUGUCCUCGCGCUGGCCAAGGGCCCCAGCAUGGAGUCGCUCGUGUUUCUCGGGCUUGUCGGCAUCUCGGACCCGCCGCGCGCCGGCGUGGCCGACACGAUCGCGUCGCUUGCGGCCACGGGUGUCUCGACGCUCAUGCUGACGGGCGACGCCAAGGAGACGGCGGGCGCCAUCGCCCUCCAAGUUGGCAUUCUCACUGAUGUCGAGAACGACGACUUGUUUUGUGCCGGCGCCGAGCUCGACCACCUCGAUGAGAGCGCGCUGCAAGCUCGGCUUGCGACCACGCGCGUCUUUUACCGGACGUGCCCGACCCACAAGCUCCAGAUUGUGCGCGCAGCGCAGGCCAUGGGCGCGCAGGUGGCCAUGACGGGCGACGGCGUCAACGACGCGCCGGCGCUCAAGGCCGCCGACAUCGGCAUCGCGAUGGGCACGACCGGCACCGAUGUGUCAAAGGAAGCGGCGGACAUGAUCUUGCUCGACGACAACCUGGGCACGAUUCUAUAUGCAAUGGCCGAAGCCAAGGGCAUUUACCACAACAUUACGCACUUCUUGCGCUUCCAGCUCUCGACGUCGGUGGCGGCGCUGAGUUUGAUUGCGAUCACGACGCUCUUUGGGCUGCCAAACCCGCUCAACGCGAUGCAGAUUCUAUGGAUCAACAUCAUCAUGGACGGCCCGCCCGCGCAGUCGCUCGGUGUCGAGCCUGUCGACGACGACGUGCUCCAAGAAGGCCCUCGGUCGCCCGACGUGCCCAUCAUUACGCGCGCGAUGCUCAAGCGCGUGCUCGUCUCGGCCAGCUUGAUUGUAUUGGGUACGCUCUACGUGUUUGUCGACGAGCUCGAUGACGCAUGGCACGUCAGUCGGCGCGACCACACGAUGAGCUUUACGACGUUUGUGCUUUUUGACAUGUUUAACGCGCUGAGCUGCCGCUCCGAGACCAAGUCGGUGUUUGAAAUCGGCCUCUUUUCCAACAAGGCGUUUUGCGCCGCAGUCGGCGCGUCGCUCGUCGGGCAGCUCAUGGUCAUCUACGUGCCGUUCCUGCAAGCUGCGUUCCAAACCGAAGCCCUGUCGCUCGGGGAUCUACUCUACAUGACUGCGAUUGCAUCCAGCGUCCUACUGGUCGACGAAGGCCGCAAAUGGGCGGACGCGCGUCGCGGCAGCUGGCGUCGGCCGCGCGUGUUUGCCAAGAAGAAGCGCUCCAAGUCGUCCGAGUACGUCCUCGCCAUCCAGCGCGACGACGACGACGACGAGAGCGCGACGCUCGGCGCCAAAUCGGUCCUCUCGGCGCGACGCACCGACGUCAUCGUCUAAGACUAUAGAAAAGACUGCUGUUUGUUUCUACUGGCCUCUCUUAGAACAACUUGAUAUAUCGAUA